UCUGAUCGCUGGCGCAAACACACUCAAACGCCGACGCUUGUCGGAAACAGAAAAAAUCAGCAAAUUUGAUUUUAAUGUAACAAUUCCGCACGAAUGACAAAAUGUCUGCCGAUAUAGUGAAUCAGUUGAAAGGGACUCGAUCCGAUGUUAAAGCUGCCGCCACGACAAUUGAGUGGAAAUUCAGGGAAUUCAGCAAGGGCAUCGGGACAAACGACGCCUAUCCCAUCAGAUUCGAGUUGAGCGUGCUGCGCCAGCUGUGUUUGGCCCUAAAGGACAAUCUGCACCAGCAUGCCGAUCUCUACUGCGACAUUGUGGCCACCAUGCUGCCACACAUGGAGCCCUGCGAGGAGAAGCCGAGCCUGUGGGAAGCUCAUCUAACGAGCCUGCGCUACAUACACCAUGGACUUUGUCAGGAGAAAACCCUGAAAGAAUGCCAGAAAAUGUACGGCCUCAUCCGAUCGCAGCGCUGUCGCCUGCAGGAGGAGGGAGACUACAAGUUUUAUUUGGACAUCCAUCUGACGCACUUCAAUGGCAUUCACCUGCAAAUGCAGAAACAGACGUUGCCCAUCGCCGCCACAGAUCAACUGUAUGACGCCUUGGAGGCAAUGGGUGUCCUCUUCGACACCAUGCGCCAGCGGAAAGUGGCAAAGAAUGCGGCUCUCCUGGUCCAGCUGAAUGAGGCCCUGUUCAUGAAGCGAAGCAGAGGCUUUCUGAAGUCCCUGAGCGCCCUGCCGUCCGAAUGUACGGUGAAAAUGUACGACCCGCUUCUCAAGCUACUCAGCUGCAACUGGGGCAUACCCAGCUUCGAGCUGAGCAAUCAAUUCUCAGAGUAUUUGGGCCUCGUUUUGGCACUUAUGCACAUCGACAUAUUUUCCAUAGAGGCGCCGCUCCAGCAACAACUGGCACUGCAGCUGCUGCGCAUUUGUCGCGACCUGUACAGGAACAUCUCGCCGCAGAACUACGCCAUCCAGCUGCUUUACUAUUACGUCAAGCUGUUGUAUGGGCGCGAGGCAACGCCAACCUUCAAGCUCACCUACAUCGAUCUGUGCAAGAAGUUCGUCGCCUUCUUCGAGCACAAGGGCGCGACGCACGCCAAGGAGCAGUGGUUUAUGGACCUACUGGUGUUCCUCCAGCGCGUGCAGACGCUGCUCCUUCAGAGCAGCAGCAAGGCGCCUCCCUUCGACAUUUUUUGGCAGCAGCUCGAGGGCGACGACAGUCCCAAGGCAUACACCGCUCACUUUCAGCUGCUGUACGGCUGCCUUGUGGCGGCGGUGAACGUGGUGAGGAGUCCGCUGGGGACCAGCUGCACCAGCGAUGCCUGCAAAAGCAUCCGCAGGCAUUGCCUUCUCUCCUUCGGCAUGUGCGCCCUGGAAGCCUUCAAUAACUGGCAGCAUACGACGGAAAAGAUGACGGACAGAACACAUCACAAGCCUUUCUUGAAUAUUUUGGUCUACACCAUGGACGUGGCCAAGAACACGAAAUGCCUGGGCCCCACCGCUGCGGAGAUAGUCAAGCUGGUGCGCCAAUUGGCGCUCGUGAUCGAGAGAGUAGCGUGUCCCGAACAAAUGUCCCUACUGCUGCCCCUCAUGGAGCCCCUGCAGCAGAUACGGCCGCUCAUUGCCAUCCAUGAUAUGCACUGUCUGCUGCGGCGCAUCUACAAGGCCAGUGUCCACUGCCAGAGCUCCGACAUGGCCAAUCGCCUGCAGUCCAGCUACCUUGCUGCCCAAACGAAUCCUUCACGACUGCACACACAGCUCUGCGUCCACUACCACAAUGCCAAAAACUCGGAGAAGUGCGUCUACGAGUGGCACGAGUCCAGUCCACUGCUCAACCCGCUCACGCCCGCCCAGAAGAACCAGCUCUACGAUGUGGAUCUAUUGGCCGUGCUGCACUUCUUGAGUGCGCCGCCACUGCCCCUGCUGCAGUCGCUACUCCGCUGUCGUCGCAACGACUAUCACCUGGUUCUCCUCGCACGCAAAAUGCGCGCCGACAGCGAGAUGGUGCGUCAGUGCGAGGAACUGCGCUCCCAGCUGCAAAGCACAGCCCUCCAGCAGCCGCUCACCCGCAUGCAAGAGCUGGCCAUUGGCCAUGCCAGUGUCAGUGUGCUGCUGGAGGCUUUGGAGGCACAGAAGACCAAGGUCUCGAUCAAGGAGACGGCCGAGAACAGCCUGGAGACGUUCAUCGUCAAGAACAACCUGCUGGAACUGAACAUCAAGCGAGAGCAUCGCCUGGUGGCGUUGGCCACCGGGGCCAUCGCUGGCUUCGCGGCCUUCUUCCAGCGGGCUGACCAAGAGCCCCUCGACUGCGACGAGACACCCAUCGACUGGGAAGCCCUGAUCGACGAUGCGGUUGCCGCCGCCAUGGCUCUGUCCAGCAUGGGCUACAUGGCGCAGGCCGAUGAUGCCUGGCUGCUGCUGCUCAGGAUUGGGCGAAUGUUGGACGAGAGAUUCACCUACCUGCGAGCCCUGACCCACUUCCUGGCACAGGACCAUCCAAGUCCUAACCAGCAGCUCCAGCUCUCGGAGGAGGUGGACCGCGCACAGGAGCUGCUCAACGAUCUGUGGCCUCAGCUCAAAAACGGACACUUCUUCAAGCGCCACCACACCAUAGUGAUGCUCUGCCUCUGCCACAUGGCCAGCUACUAUGCCCGCCAGGACUGUCUGUGCCACGCCCAGCUGCUGUUGCUGCAGGCGGAGGAGUUGCGCUCCGAAUUCGAUGAGCGGCUGGGAAAGAGCGACAUUGUGCUGAUCACCAUCCAGACAGUUCGCUUUCGACUGGAGUACCAGCGGAAGAAGCGGAGCAGUGGCCUGCCCAGAAUGCCCACGCCCCUGCGCCAGCUGGACACGCUGGUCGACAGCGUGCGCAACUUCUACGGUCUGUCCAGCGUGGACCUGGGAGCCUUGCAGCUGCUGCUGGCCGACCUGGUGCGGGAGAGCACCGAGUGUGCGGCGAACCGGCUGACCGAGCGGCUCGGCUUCACCGGCAUCAUGCUUAACAUGGUGCUGCAGUCGGGCAUGGCCCUGCGGGCCAUCGAGGUGUUAAUCUCGUGGCUCUGGAUGAACCUGCAGAUGGAGUACCUGGACAAGGCGCAGUCCAAACUGCGCCUCCUGGACCAUUUGCUCGCCAUCAAGCCGCUCAGUUUAACGCUGGUGGAGCAGCCAUCGACCAAAGGAGUCCCCGCAAUCGCAGCCAAAGAUGAUCCCAAGUCCAAUGGCAUCAGCGAGCUGACCAGCAACAUGCUGCUUAUGCAGCUGGUGGAGCCGAUACGGAAGCAGAAUCAGCUGGACGUAGCCACGCCCAAAUUUCCGGCCAUCCACGAUUCAAGCCCCAGCAGCCUCCAGCUGCAGCGCUAUGUGAGCAAGCAAGAGGCGCCGCCCCAUCUCCGGGAGUGCAUGCAGCUGCAGUGCAUCUACUUCAUCGUGGGCUGUCUCCAUGCCCGCCUCAGCUUCUUGAAAAGGGAGAACGAUCAGCUGGACGACUUUUACGUGCGGGCAGGCAGUUGGCUGCAGGAGGAUUCGGCACGCACCGCCACCCUGGGCUCCAUGCACCUCGUGCAGGAGCUCUACCACGUCAACUAUCUGCGCUACAGGAAGAAGCAUAAGGAGGCCAUACGCUACGCGGAGGCAGGUCUCAUGCUAAAGUGCCAGACGGUGGACAUCAACUAUGGCUUCAACUUCAUGUCCCAGCUUAAGACUGCGCAAGUGGAGCUGCGGCCCGCGGGCAAAGAGAAGGCGAAGACCCUUAGGCGAGCCCUCGCAUUUAACACUUCGCCAGAGAUUAAGGGCAGGAAAGCUCUGGUCGAGACGACUGCCAAGACAAAAGCAUCAGCAUCGGCCAGAAAGACGCCCAGGUUCAAGAUCUACACGGAACUGGAGCUGCGUCCCCCCAUCGGCAGCGGCAGCAGCAGCAGCAGCAGCAAGAGCGGCAUUGAGAACACGCCACCUUCGGAUCAUGUGGAUCUGAACGCCUGCCAGGCCAUCGAGAUAAGCGAUGACGAUUCUGCCUUCGUUCCAGCUUCGGCUGCGGCUGCUGUUGCGGCUCCACUGAAACGAUCGCAGUCGGUGCCAGUCAAGGCCACAAAGACACGCUCUGCCAGAGUUCGCAACCAAUUAAAAGUAGCAGAGAUUAUCGAACUGGACGACACCGUGGAAGUGACGCCGCCGACCACGUCGGCAGCCACAGCGAAGCGCUAUCAGACCACUGAUGCGAGGAGCACUCGGGCCCGCAACCGGCAAGCCGAGGAAACGCCAGCGACCACGCGAGGACGAACACGUGGCAAGGUGCCGGAGCUGACACCCCAGCCGGAGACAGUCAGCCUGAGGCGGCGACAAAGGAACUGAUUAGGGAUAACACGUGCAUAGAUUUAGUUAAUAGUUUUGUCCAUUUUCGCUUGUCUUUUGUGUAUUUAUAAACGUUAUUGCAAGGA